GAGAGAGAUGGCACGAGAAGAAAACAAAAUGGUUCUUCAUGGAAUGUGGGCUAGUCUGUUCACAGAGAGGGUAGAACUAGCUCUGAAAGUGAAAGGGAUUGAGUAUGAAUUCGUGGAAGAAGAUUUGACAAACAAGAGUGAAGCGCUCUUGCGGUACAAUCCUGUUCACAAGAAAGCCCCUGUUCUUGUUCACAACGGCAAGCCCAUCGCCGAGUCGCUGGUCAUUAUCGAGUACAUCGAUGAGACUUGGAAGGAGGGUCCGCGCCUCUUGCCCCAAGAUCCCCAUGAAAGAGCGAAAGUUCGCUUCUGGGCCAGCUUUCUCCACCAGCAGUUGUUUGAGGCCAUAUUCUCUGUGCUCAAAACUGAUGGAAAAGCGCAAGAGAGAGCUGUCAAGGAAGUGCACGAGAAACUGAAGGUGCUGGAAGAGGGAAUCAAUGGCAAUUAUGCUGGGGGAUCGCCAUUUAUCAACGGCGACAACGUGGGUCUCCUGGACAUUGUUGUCUGUUCAAUAUUGGGUGCUCAUAAAACUCAGGAAGAAGUCCUCGGUGUAAAAUUUCUGGACCAUGAGAAGUAUCCAAGGGUGACCUCCUGGCUGAAAGCUCUAACCGAAUUGCCAUUGGUGAAAGAGGCAAUGCGUCCUCAUGAGAAGCUGGUGGGCGUUCUUCAAUUGAAAAGGGCCAGGGCUCUUAAAUCUGCAACAGCUUGAUGCUUAUGAGGGUCUCCUUGAUGAUAAGGCAGUAACUUCGUCCGUCAUUCUCACAUGUAAUAUUUGAUUGCACUUCUAUGAAAUCUGCAUAUGCUUGCGGAGUAAGCCACA